AUGCUCACUAUUGUUGGGGCGCCCCCAUCUCACACGAUUGCUUCCGAAGUUGCCACAAACCUUGCUGGUGCAUAUCUGCGAAAGAAGUCGGGUGUCAUGGGUCAACCGGCUCUCUCGGUCGAGGAUGAAAAUGCAGUUGUUGAGCAGGUGGAGCGGUGGUUGAAUCAUGGAUUCUUUCCUUACCACAUGUUGGCAAAAGAUACAGCCAAUGCAUAUUUCCACAACCACCCAAACUAUAGUCAGAACAGGCCGAACCUCAACAUUGGUUGGCAAAAGGGAUUUUGGACGCGCCAUCAAGGACUUGCUGAUCACAUAGCCAAAGAGCGCAGCACACUAAAAUUGAAAGGUCCGCAUGAAGAUCGCAGAGCCUGGAAGUUCUUUCAAGCAUUCAAAGAUAUCAAGCAGCGACUCGCGGUUACCAAUGAUAACAUCUAUGCUAUGGAGGAUGCCGCAUUUGUUACGACUAUGUAUCGAAAGGCAAGCCUUAUGUUCGUUCGACCAAUGAACCAAAACCACAAGAGAGAAGAACGGGCGUUCUCAUCUGUGAUCCACUGCUGCUCAACACGAGGAAAGCACCUGCCCCCUUACAUUGUCUGCAGGAGCCAAGAUCCACCGCAGACCAAGAACUUUGGUCGAAUCAAGGCUUCUUUUACGCAGUCAGGCUGGUCUGAGGCCAAUCAUGCACUUGAUUGGUUGAAGAACACCUUCGAGCCAGAGACUCGACCCAAAGGUCGGCGUCAAGUAUGGAGAAUUCUGCUGAUUUCCCACCGAUUCCGCAUAGUCUUUCCUGAGUUCGAAAAGUUCUGCUGGGACAACAGGAUCGCGUGUCUUUCUUUCCCCAAGAAUGAUCAACAGUUCUUCAACCCAAUGGAAAACAUCGCUUUUGGUCCCAUGCAACAGAGCUAUACAGACUACAUGAGAAAGCGAUUCUCCGAUAACAAUGAAAAUGCCAUCACACUGGAUGGGAGGGAGUUUGCAUCGUGGAUUGAUGGAGAGGUAUCUUCAUCUAAACGGGCGGAAGAAGCUGCAGAUAUCUGGCGUCAAAGCUGCCUUGUGCCGCUAGAUGAAUUCCGCCUUCGGAACUGUCUCCAGGGGAACCGAGCUACUGCCGUGCCAGAGGAUAGAAUCUCUAUUCUUGAUAGUCGUCUCUACUCAGACGACACCACUCCAAGAACGGCGAGAACAAGUGUUCCUUUGCCAAUCAUGCCUUCGACGGAGUCAGUGAGUCGACACUCUAGCUGCGAGUACUCACAUCCUUCGUCGCGGCGAUCACAGGAGAGCCAAGACAGAGACAAUACCUCCGAAUCGGAGGGAGGUCAAUUCGACAGUGACAGUGAGACUUUCCACAAUCAUCAGCCUAUUACACCAUGCAGGACACCCAGGCCGCCAAAGACCCCUCGGGCUCGGACUCCAGAGACAGAAUCAUCUGAUUCAGUGAUGUCGUCCAAGAAGCACCGGGACAUCUUGGAUAAAUGUAUAGAAGGAUCACCCAGAACACAAAAAAGGUACCGCGAUGAUUUAAUUCUGGAUCGUGGGAAUUUAGAGAAAGAGAAUGCUCGUCUCAAAGAAAGGGUUGAGUUAUUGGAACAGUUUGCGGUCAAGAGACGGAGACUCGACUGA